CCACGCCUGCGGACGUCAGUAAAAAAUCCCCUCCGCUCGCGACGCAACCGCCUUCCCUUCCCUCUGAGAAAUCGCCGCCGCCGCUGCACCUCAUCCCUGGCCGCCGCCGCCGCGCCCCCUCCCCCGGCAAGAGCAGCAGCUGCUCCCCAGCCUCUUCCUCCUCUCCCGCGCGAGCAAACAAAGCAGAGCAAGGGCGCCGCCGUCGUUCGUUCUGCUGCUUCCGCCGCCGCACUCUGUAGUUGUCUUCUCCGCGGCCGGCCAUCCUAAACCCUACAGUACUCGUCAUGGAGACUUCUCUGCGCCUGCGCGGCCCCUCGCAGCCGCAGGACGGCCUCCGUAUCCACGCCAAGGAGAAGCUCCCCAUCGCCUCCAACGCGCUCCUCCAGGCUCAUGGCGAGAUCCACACCAUCACCGGCGCCCCGACCUAUCUCGCCCUGCUCCUCAGGAACUUCUAUCCCCGCCUCUCCGCCAAUUUAGGCCUAGGGGUCGCCAUCCACCUCCACAACAAGCUACCAGCAUGGGAUGACUUCACCUACACCCUUCGCGCCAAGAAGGCCAUCAUCCCCUUCCCCUCCAACGCCUUGCUCGGAAUCAACCUUAAGGGGCGCCUCCUCGCCGACACUAACUUCAAGCUGACGAGCCGGACUGCUGCCAUUGAGUUGGCCUGGACCAUACUUGAUCUCAGAAGGGGUCAAGAUGUCAGGCUCAAACUUGGAUACCAGCUCGUGCACAAGAUGCCUUAUUUCCAACUCAGGGAAAACAAUUGGACUUUUAAUGCUUAUAUGGAUGGAAAAUGGGAUGUUAGAUUUGAUCUGUGACACACGGCAAUUAAUGGAGGUAUGGGGGCGUCUGUGGCGAUCUACUAGGCAUUUUCCUGUAUUCCUUUUUGUGUCAAUCCAUCAACUCUUUUAAACUGUACUGCUUCAUUUAUCAGUAAACACUGUUUUACUGAAACCAGAUGCCAUUCUAUUGCUUCCAUAUGCAGAGCUACAAACUUAAUAAUUGUAGUUCUGCUCAUUCAUGGGGAUGUAAUUCUCUGAUUCUGUGUAUAGUACCAAUUGGGUGGGGCAAUGGAUACAGCCAGUAACCAACACUCAGGUAUCUGCAUCACAGAUGAUACCACCAAGUCAUGUUGGUGUGCACUCAGUCAUAGACUAUAUCACACACCACAUGGGGCGAUGGUAUGGACCAAGAUUGAAACUACCAGGAUCCUAUGGGCCGAAAACCAGCGAAACAGCUUGAAGCUAAACUUUCUUGGUGCUGUGCUCAAUUGCCAAUCCUUCUCUACCUUUUUGGUGUAAAGUACCACGAUAAGCUGCAGUUGCCCCCACUUUUUGGUUUGGGGUUUUAAGUGCUUUGUUCUCUGUUUACGGCAUGACUGUUAACACAGAGACCGAUGUAGUGUUCUAAACGUGGUGAUAGUUGCCUGAUAAUUCGUAGGGAAAAAAGGCUUUAUUGGCAUUGUGGAAGGGAAAUAUCGAAAGAAGGAGAUCCUUCAUAAUUUUCAUGAGUGGUAAAGGAUUGGGAUUUGGAAUGCUUUGAUUGAUAUGAUUGUACGCACAAACAAAGUUGAUGUGUUUGGGCAUGCAGCCUUGUUGUUUGGCUUUCUGAGCUUUUAGAUAGGAUAGGAAGGAGCUUCCUCCUUUUGCAUCUUCCUUUGGUGCAAUGAUAACUGGUUGUUCCUAUAUAGUACGAGUUGGUUGUUCAUCAUUCAGGGAUUGAAACAAGAUGAAUGUUGUAUUGUCAGAAGAAGCAGAGGGCUAGCAUGCUUGGUUUGGUGAGCACAUUGGAAUACAUGGUCGGUAUCUCCUCCAUAAACAAGCAAGUGAUGCUUUUAAUUGGAUGAAUUGAUAAGAUUGAUGGCAUCAAAUUGGCAACCAGUUCUGCUGUUGUAGCUUGUUAAUGCCUCUUGUGUCUUGUGGACCCUUACCCUAUCAGUUGGACUGAGAUUCAGAUGCGAGCAGUGCAGUGUAGUGUUUUCAGCAGUAAGCAUGCGUGCAUGUUGAGAAAAUAUCUAUCUGGCUUGGAGAGUGGCAUGAUGAGAAAUAUCUGCUUUUUCUUGACGAUAGAGAGACAGAGAGACAGAGAGAGAGAGAGAGAGAGAGAGAGAGAGAGAGAAGGGAUUAGGAUUGGAAUGGAUGACAAUUGGCAAGAUGGCAUCGAAGGGAGCUGAGCUGAACUGAACUGAGAAAGCCAACAAGAUUAAAAGAAAAAACCGGAGGAAGAAAAAAGUUGAAUGAUUUGCAUGUACUACUAAUAGUGCUUUGGGGGACAGGGUGAGGUGGUCGUCCAUGUCUUUUUCUCUUUCCCUCUCGCUUUGCUUUGAUCUGCAAGUUGCAAUCAGCUCCCGGUAUAGUCUCGUCUCUUGUCUUUGUUGGUACGCGGCUUCAAAGAAUCACUAAAUCAGGCAUUCAGAAACUGAAAUAUCAAUCAUAAUCUCCCUCUCCCAAUCCUUAGUGAAUAUGUGUCUAGUACACG